CUUCCUCAUUUAGCAUCAGAAUAUUGCAAGCAGGAGCUUUAUCUCCUUCACCAACGUGGCCUGAAGAUUCCUUGCUAGUGUGAGCUGUUUUCAAGCUACCAGAGUCGGGCUGCCAUCCCAAGAGGACAAAAAUGGGCUUCAACCUAAAGAUGUUCCUCGGCUUGGGAUUUGUCCUUUUCCUGCUUCUGGCAAGCUCAUCCUCAGGAGCUGAGAGCUCACACUACUGCUAUGGAAUACCAGGCCUGCCUGGUGUACCAGGUGUUUCAGGGAAGGAUGGCCGAGAUGGCCAGAAAGGAGCCAAGGGAGAACCAGGCAAACCAGCUGUUCAUGGAAGCCGAGGGCCCCCGGGGGAGCCGGGGGAGCCUGGGGCACCAGGCAUCCCUGGGAAAAAUGGGCCCAGAGGAUCUGCAGGUACUCCAGGAGAUCCUGGCCCAAAGGGGAUGGUGGGUGAACUGGGGGAGACUGGCAGCUACAAGCGGAACCACCACUCUGCCUUCACAGUAAUGCGCCAAACAAGCCAGUACCCCGACAAGAACACCCCCGUCAUCUUCAACAAAGCCAUCACUAACAUCAACGGAGACUAUGACACCAGCACCGGAAAGUUCACGUGCCGCAUCCCCGGCCUCUACUACUUCACCUACCACACCUCCCAGACCGCCAACCUCUGCGUCAACAUGUACCAGAACAGGGAGAAGGUGGCCAGUUUCUGUGACCACAUGGCCAAUACCAAGCAAGUCAGCUCUGGCGGCGUUCUCCUGCAGAUGAUGGCUGGGCACCAGGUGUGGCUGGCGGUCAAUGACUACAAUGGAAUGGUGGGCAUCGCUGGCUCCGACAGCAUCUUCUCUGGCUUCUUGCUCUUCCCAGACUAGGUGCUCAGUGGGUAACCGGGCAUCCCCUUUCUACAGCCCUCCGAGCUCUGAUAUCCUUGCAUAGCACUCUGUCUCAUUCCCAAAAAGAUUUCUAGCUGUCACAAAUCCUAUCAAUAAAAUCGUUUUUGCUUUA